GGCCCGGGACCUUCCUCGCAGAAAUUUAGGAGAAGCGAGCCCCUGAACCCAGCCAGCAUUUCCACUCUUGGGUUUUCAAAAGAUCAAAAACCGGAAAGGACCGCAGGUUGGCAAAUCACAAAGAGGAACCGCCCAGCAGGUCUGCGUCCUUGGGAUCUCAGCAGCCGAGGACCCCAAAUCAAAUCGACGGUGGGAAACCCCAGGGAAGCGGGUUCUUGCGGAGGGCUGGGGUUACAGAGGCAGGCUGCAGGGAAGUACCUAGAGGGAGGGGGCCCGGUCGGGAGGACUUUCCAGCCCAGGGCUCAUCAAAAAGUUCCCUGUACAUGACCCCAGUGGCUCAUCGCAGGGAGUUUCUCCGAUGAACCCCGGCCCUGGGUUUAGGGUUCUCAGCCGAGGACCAGCCAGUUCUUUUUCUAGUCUGACUGGCUUGGAAAUUCCCCGCGCCUGGCCCCGCCCCUGAGAAAUCCCCUGCCAGCGUUUAUAGAGCGCCGCGGCGGCGCUGCCGAGCCCACAACAGUCGCAGCCCGCCGCCAGUCGCCAGCAGCAGCGCGCAGCCCGCCGCCGAGCGCCCCCGACCGCUGCCGCUCUCAGCGCCAUGUUUCAGCCAGCCGAGCACGGCCAGGAGUGGGCCAUGGAGGGCCUGCGGGAUGGCCUGAAAAAGGAGCGGUUGGUGGAUGACCGCCACGACAGCGGCCUGGACUCCAUGAAGGACGACGAGUACGAGCAGAUGGUGAAGGAACUGCGUGAGAUCCGCCUGGAGCCGCAGGAGGCGCCGCUGGGCGCCGAGCCCUGGAAGCAGCAGCUCACCGAGGACGGAGACUCGUUCCUGCACUUGGCCAUCAUUCAUGAAGAGAAGGCCCUGACCAUGGAAGUGAUUCGUCAGGUGAAGGGAGACCUGGCCUUCCUCAACUUCCAGAACAAUCUGCAGCAGACUCCACUCCACUUGGCUGUGAUCACCAACCAACCAGCAAUUGCUGAGGCACUUCUGGAAGCUGGCUGUGAUCCUGAGCUCCGAGACUUUCGAGGAAAUACCCCUCUGCACCUUGCCUGUGAGCAGGGCUGCUUGGCCAGUGUAGGAGUCCUGACACAGACCUGCACGCCCCAGCAUCUUCACUCCAUCCUGCAGGCCACCAACUACAAUGGCCACACGUGUCUGCACUUAGCUUCUAUCCAUGGCUACCUGGGCAUCGUGGAGCUUUUGGUGUCCUUGGGUGCAGAUGUCAAUGCUCAGGAGCCCUGUAAUGGCCGGACAGCCCUCCAUCUUGCAGUGGACCUGCAGAAUCCUGACCUAGUGUCACUCUUGUUGAAGUGUGGGGCUGAUGUCAACAGAGUUACCUAUCAAGGCUACUCCCCCUACCAGCUUACCUGGGGCCGCCCAAGCACCCGGAUACAGCAGCAGCUGGGUCAGCUGACUAUGGAGAAUCUUCAGAUGCUCCCCGAGAGUGAUGAUGAGGAGAGCUAUGACACAGAGUCUGAGUUCACGGAGGAUGAGCUGCCCUAUGAUGACUGUGUGUUUGGAGGCCAGCGUCUGACUUUAUAAGUGGAAGGUGUCAAAAAGAACAUGGACUUGUAUAUUUGUACAAAACAAAAGAGUUUAUUUUUCUAAAAAAAGAAAAAAAAAAGGAAGAAAAACAUGAAAGGGUUUACUUACACACUGCACGCUGCCUGGCCCCAAACAUUUUACUGUGGUGGUUCAACCCUCAUUUUGUUUUUGUGAAAUUUGGGGAAACAAAGAUCAUUAGAAUUUGAAGAAAACCUCUUUUUAAAACUUCAUCUUUAUGGCAGUUUUGAAAAUGGUUAUUCAGAAUCUGAUGGAAGGACCACAUUUUAUUUAUUGUGCUCUUGGUUGAGCCACCGUAGAUAGAGUAGCUGACCCCAAUGGUGUCCUCAUAUAAGAACCAGGUGUUUGGUGGUGUGUGCUUAAAAGUCACUACCUAUCAAGGUUUGUGUUACCCUCUUGUAAAUGUUAUAUAUAGUGUAUUUUGUUGGUAAUUAUUUUGGUACUUCCAAGAUGUAUAUUUAUUAAACAGAUUUUUACAGAGUU